UUCUGUAAUUCUUUGACUCUUCAUCUGAUUCUUACGUACAUCUAUUAAAGCUCCAUUCAAUUUCCAUUUCCGCAUUAAACAUGACUAGUAAACAAAUCCUCAAAACGAUCUUUAAGAGAAUCGUUAGAAAAAUCGUUGCCAAAGUGAUAUAAAGUAAACAAAACUAAAGCAAUUCUAAAUCAGUAUUAAACUAACUAUAUAACUAUAUAAUUAUAUACAUAUUUAAUAUAUUUAUUUAUACGCACAACCACUUAAAAUAUACGCACACUAGGCUAAUGAAACGUGAAUACUAAGUUGUUGAAGAAACUGAAGGAAACCGUUUAGUGAUAUGGAUCCACACAAUGAGGACGACGAAGCCUCUAAAGAUCCCGGAGCGACCAAACAUCAAGGAUCCUUCGACGAGAAGGACUUUGAAGUUCAUAGAGCACAUAGCGUGUUUGUUGGCGUCCACGCACCAACUGAAAGGAGACACUCCCAUCGGAGACACAAACAUCAUCACAGGUACUCCGAGGGACACGACGAUCAACAAACAGAAGAUGACAGACCCAGCACUCCACCAUCGCAGAGGGUUCAGUUCAUCCUGGGUGAAGAUGCGUCGGACGAAAAGCACGAAAGCCAUCCGCUGUUCUCCGAAAUGGAGGAACUGUUCGUGGACGGUGACGAGAUGGAAUGGAAGGAAACGGCGCGCUGGAUCAAAUUCGAGGAAGAUGUGGAGGAAGGCGGAAACAGGUGGUCGAAGCCGCACGUCGCCACCCUUUCACUCCACUCACUAUUCGAGCUGAGAAGCUUGAUUUUGAACGGUACGGUUAUUUUGGACAUGGAAGCUCAGUCGAUAGAACAGAUCGCUGAUUUGGUCUUGGACAACAUGGUCAACAAUUUGAGUUUGCCCUUCGACAAGAAGGACAAGGUUAGAGAUGCGUUGUUGAAGAAACAUCGCCAUCAACAUCAGAGGAAGAAACAUGUUUUGCCUUUCGUCAGGUCCUUUGCUGACAUUGGAAGGAAUCAGUCUACAUCUAAAAGUUCUUGUGGAGGUCUUUUGUGUGUGCCUCCGAAACGGAAACCAUCUAAAGGGGAGGAAAAACGUUCAAACACAGAGAAGAAAAACGGGUCUUAUGUAUCGAUUCCAGUCGAAGAAACUUCAUAUGUUGAACAGACUUCUGGAAAGUCUCCCGAUUUUGGAAAUUUUCUUUCUGUUCCUGGAACGGAAAAACCUCAGGGAAUAACCAAAUCCUCCUCCAGCGUCUCAAUAUCAAGAAACCACAGCUCGAACGAACUCUCAAAUGACCUCCAUCAACAUAAUCUCGCCUUCAUGCGUAAAAUUCCGCCUGGUGCGGAAGCCAGUAACAUCCUCGUGGGCGAAGUCGACUUUCUGGAUAAAUCCCUGUCUGCCUUCAUCCGCCUGAACACGGCAACAAUAGUGGGAGACCUGACCGAAGUCCCCGUUCCCACCAGGUUUCUGUUUUUGCUCCUCGGCCCGGCGAAUUCCGCUUCUGCUUACCACGAAAUAGGCCGAGCCAUGGCGACACUGAUGUCCGACGAGGUGUUCCAUGAGGUCGCGUACCGUGCCAAAAACAGAAGUCAUCUAUUGGCAGGCGUCGACGAGUUUCUAGACGCGGUGACCGUAUUGCCGCCAGGGGAAUGGGAUCCGGCCAUCAGGAUCGAGCCUCCGGCCGCCAUACCAUCGCAGGACAUUCGAAAAAGGCCUCCAGAAAAACCACUCGAAGAAUUUGAUGAGGAGGAGGAAGAACAGAAGGCGAGGGAAGAAUCGGGACUAGCACGUAGUGGAGUUUUGUUUGGAGGCUUGGUGAACGACUUGAAGAGAAAGGCUCCUUGGUACUGGAGCGACUUCAAAGAUUCACUAUCAAGUCAAUGCAUCGCCUCCUGGAUCUUCUUAUAUUUUGCGUGUUUGUCUCCGAUCAUCACCUUCGGAGGUCUUCUUGCGGAUGCCACCGGUAAAAAUAUGGCUGCGAUGGAGUCUCUAGUAUCAGGAUUCGUCUGCGGCAUGCUCUAUGGGUUCUUUUCGGGUCAGCCUUUGACAAUUCUUGGAUCAACAGGUCCUGUUUUGGUUUUUGAAACCAUAGUAUACGAUUUCUGCACGAAGAUGGGUUGGGAUUACAUGUCUUUUAGAUUCUGGAUUGGUACUUGGACUGCUGUAAUUCUACUAAUUCUGGUUGCGAUUGAUGCCAGUGCUUUGGUCUGUUAUAUCACGAGAUUCACUGAGGAGAACUUUGCCACGUUGAUUGCCUUCAUUUUUAUUUACAAGGCAGUAGAAAAUGUCAUCCUGAUUGGAACAAAAUUCCCUAUAAACACAUCAGGAAUGACAAACUUCACUCACGAAUGUUCAUGUUAUGCAAACGAAUCUGUUCGUGAUCUGCAUUCUGAAAUAUCCGACUGGGAGGGAUUAAAUAAAACUGCAUGUGUGCAAUUUAAUGGUACUUUGGAAGGUCCAGGAUGUUUUACGCCAAACUACACUCCAGAUGUUUUCUUAAUGUCUAUACUUCUGUUUUUGGGAACAUUCCUGCUUUCAGUCCAACUAAAAGAUUUCAAAAAUGCCCUGUUCUUCCCUGCAAAGAUUCGCCAAUUCAUCAGUGAUUUCGCAGUAAUCAUUGCCAUUCUGUCAAUGACUCUCCUCGACUACAAAGUAGGAAUUCCAACUCCAAAAUUAGAAGUACCUCAUGAAUUCAAACCAACUUUACCAACAAGAGGCUGGAUAAUCUACCCCUUCAAUAACAAUCCCGUCUACUCUAUCUUUCUGGCAAUUCCUCCAGCUCUUCUAGGAACAAUUCUUAUCUUCAUGGACCAACAGAUCACCUCAGUCAUCAUCAACAGAAAGGAGUACAAAUUAAAGAAAGGAUGUGGUUACCAUUUAGACCUGUUUGUCCUUUGCAUCCUGAUCGAGAUCUGCUCGGUUAUGGGCUUGCCGUGGUUCGUAGCAGCAACCGUUUUAUCAAUAAACCACGUAAACUCUUUGAAGCUGGAAUCAGAAUGCGCCGCACCAGGAGAGAAGCCGCAAUUCUUGGGAGUUAGAGAACAAAGGGUCACGCACAUUAUGAUCUUCCUGACUAUAGGACUGUCGGUAUUUUUGACGCCAAUGUUGGGACACAUUCCGAUGCCCAUUUUGUACGGUGUGUUCUUGUAUAUGGGCGUGGCUUCUUUGAAGGGGUUGCAGUUCUUCGACAGAAUCUUAAUCAUGCUGAUGCCCAAUAAGUACCAACCGGAUUACAUGUUCUUAAGACAGGUUCCAAUUAAAAAGGUUCAUCUCUUUACCAUAAUUCAGUUGGCAUGUUUGGCUUGUCUCUGGAUGAUAAAAUCCUUUAGCACGACUUCGAUACUGUUCCCGUUGAUGUUGGUGGUGAUGAUUGGUAUCAGAAAAGCUUUAGACUUGAUCUUCACACGUCGUGAACUAAAGAUUCUUGAUGAUCUCAUGCCGGAAAUGACGAAACGUCAUCAACUGCUCAAAGACGAGAAUACAGUCGAAGGAGCUCCAAUAGAAAUCGAAGCGGCAGGAAACUUGAAAAUCCCAUUAGCCAACGGAAACGUCAUGAACAUCCCUUUAUCCGCAAUUAACAUUUCUGAGGAAGUUAAUAAAACUGGCAUCUGGAAACAAGUUAACGAAAAUAAUUCCAUUGAUAAAGACAAAAAGAAAAGUCCUAAAUCCAGAUUUAAGAAGAAGAAAACAAGUAAAAAAGAUGAAAAAAGAGAAACGAAAAAGUUAGAAAAACGUCUCUCUACAAUGGCGGAAGAAGAGGAGGACGAAGGGAUAACUAUAAAGUGUGAAAAACGCAUCGUAAAGGAUUAUUGGAAGGAAGACAGGAAGAAGCGAGGAGAUACGGACGAAACACACGUUUGAGAAUAUCGUUACCGCAAUAUUUUGGGCUGUGCCGGGAAAAGGUGGAUUUAUGGUUUAACAUUUUCUCCUGGUAGUUUUAGUAAAUAAUUAUAAAUAAUGGAUAAAUAAACUCCCGCCAAAAUAUCUAGUAUUGUAAUUAAACAAACUCGUUAUAAAUGUAUUUAAGUAUGAUUAGGUUGCAUAUGAAUGUUUGCCCUGCAUUUUUUCGAAAUUUUGAACGGCCUUUACAACCAAACUGUUGGUUCAUUCAGAGUGACAUAUUUUUUCUAUAUAAUAUUCAUUCAGUACCUAAAUAAUGUAAUGCUCAACACAACCCUGAAAAGAGCAGCAAAAUACCAUUUAUUUU